GUCUUUCAGUAUCAAAACAGUGCAGUGAUCCAUCGGUCGUGAGCAAGUUACCACAUCUACUAGAAGCAUGUCUGACGCCGCCGUGAACCCCAAGGCCUACCCGCUUGCAGAUGCUAAGUUGACCGUGUCCAUCCUGGACCUGGUGCAGCAGGCCACCAACUACAAGCAGAUCAAGAAGGGCGCCAACGAGGCCACCAAGACGCUGAACCGCGGCAUCUCUGAGUUCAUUGUCAUGGCAGCUGACACAGAGCCCCUGGAGAUUCUGCUGCACCUCCCGCUGCUGUGCGAAGACAAGAAUGUACCAUACGUGUUCGUUCCCUCCAAGGUUGCUCUGGGCCGCGCUUGCGGUGUAUCACGCCCCGUGAUAGCCGCGUCGAUCACGUCCAACGACGCCUCGCAACUGGGCCCGCAGAUCCAGAGCAUGCGCGAGCAGAUUGAGCAACUCCUGAUUUAAGCGCUCUCGACUGGUUGCCAGCAGAUUCUGACGUUUGUUCGUGGUUGGAGUAGGCUUCGAUGACCACUGUAAAGACCAGUGCAGACGUGUAGCCAAGUGCUCGGAUAACUGGUGUAAUGCCAAUGCAAAAUCGACGCAUUUUGUAAUGUUUUCUUUAAA